AUGUUUGGCUUUUUACUUGUUUUUGUUCUCACUUUGGAAUACUUCAAUGCACAAUUCUUUGAAGCAGAAGCUCCAUGGCAAUUUGCAGGGUUCGCUGCUAUCAACAUUCCCGCAUCAGACAGCAAUGAGAUCAGCUCUUUUCUUCCGUCUUAUUCACCAUUUCAACAGCAACUACAGUUCCAGCAACUUCAACAAUCUAGAAAUCUUCUCAGUUUGCAACAGCAACAGCAACAACAACAGCAAAACCAGGCACUAAUCUCAUCUCCACACAACCCAACACUUCUUCCAGAUGUGAUUGCUAUUCCAAAACGUGAGACCGGAAAUUCUUUGAACUUUUUAAAAACUGAAAAAGUUGAAAACGAAAAAGAACGACAACAUGGAGAGAUAUCAACUUUUUCCGCAGGUGGCUCAACUUUGCAGCAUGCGACUUAUUUGAGCCUCGUAAACGAUAAAGAAAAUUUUCAAGCAUCAGGUUGCGGGUGGGAUCUGAUAAGACUCCAGUGUCACGAUCUGUUUGGGCUAUGUAAGGGAGGAUGCAGAGAUUUCGCAAUAGCAAUUAACUCUCCGAUUCACGAUUGCAGGUGUAUUCCAUUUGGAUAUUUGGCACUAGUGAAGUUGGCUGGGAAGUGA